GUUUUGCCUAUGUGGGACGGUUCAUUUUAUUUAAAUGUCCAUAUGUACAGAACAAAUUCAACUAUUUUAAAUUAAGAUGUAUAUACCAAUCAUUUUAUUUGGGGCCAUAGUGUCCUCGAACGCGUUCCUGGAAUCAUUAUUUUUUAGAACAGAAAGCCUUUGUAAGCCACAUGAAUUCGUGUGUAACAAUGGAAAAUGUAUCCCAGAGUCGAAACGAUGCGACAGCAGUAACGACUGUCUCGACUUUUCGGAUGAGGAAGACUGUGAUGUUUACCUAUGCAAGGAACCUAGAUAUUUUAAAUGCCUCAAUAACCGAUGCAUCAGCAAAUCGUUUGUAUGCGAUGGCGAAAAUGAUUGCGAGGAUUUUUCAGAUGAAAAAGACUGCGCUAAUUUCAAGCUAACAUACGAGAGUAAUCAGACCUGCGCGAAGGGUGAAUGGCAAUGUAAAGAUAAAUUAUGUAUAGCCGAAGAAUGGGUAUGCAAUGGCGAAGACGAUUGUCUCGAUGGUUCCGAUGAGACGAUAGGUUGUAGCUUACACAUCGACUGUGAUGGUUUUAAAUGUAACAAUGGUCAUUGCAUCCCCAACGAAUGGGUUUGCGACGGCAAUGAUGAUUGCAUUGAUAACAGUGAUGAAAAAGACUGUGAUUUGCAUGUGGAUUUAAAGCAAUGCACUUUGGAUCACGACAAGUUCUUGUGCUCAGAUAAAAAGAAAUGUAUAGACACGCGUUUAGUGUGCGACGGUAAGGCGGAUUGUUCAGACAGAUCGGACGAAAGCAAUAACUGUGCGAAAGGUCCGAAUUGCACCACUCUCCAUUGCGAGCACAAAUGCGUCCUUCUUCCAACUGGUCCGAAGUGCAUUUGUCCCAAAGGCUACAAUACCGUUGAUGAAAAGCACUGUGAGGAUAUUAACGAGUGCGAAAUAUAUGGUAUUUGCGAUCAGAAGUGUCGGAACACAGACGGGUCUUACGAGUGCUAUUGUGAUGAUAGGUACACACUGGACAGUGAUAAAAAAACGUGCAUUGCCAAUGGAGGCGAGGCAAUGAUGGUUUUCAGUUCCAAAACUGAAAUAAGAGCAAUAACUCUGAAGACCGAAAUUUACUUUCCCAUCGCAAAGAACUUGAAGCAAGUUGUAGGAGUAAAGUAUGACGGUCAUCAUAUUUACUGGACCGAUAUUUUCUCUGAACAUGAAAGUAUCGUUAGAAGUAUUGAGGAUGGGUCUGAGAGAGAAUUGCUUAUCACUGCCGGGCUGGGCCUUCCAGAAGAUCUGGCAAUAGAUUGGGUCACAGGAAAUAUCUAUUUCACAGAUGCAGAGAAAAAACACAUUGGUGUAUGCUCCAAUGACGGAUCACAUUGUACGGUUUUAGUUAAUUCAGAUAUCGAAAAACCCCGAGCGAUUUGCCUUAACAUAGCCGAAGGUGAAAUGUAUUGGACCGACUGGGGUCAUACUGCCAAAAUCGCUGUAUCAAGUAUGGACGGUUCAAAAGACAGGCCAUUCGUUACGAAUAAUAUUCACUGGCCUAACGGAAUAACUUUGGAUGAACCAAACGGAAGAAUCUAUUGGACAGAUGCAAAGAUUUUAACUUUAGAAAGCAUCAGACUUGAUGGAACAGAUAGAAGGGUAAUUCUUAAAGAUGUCAUUAAACACCCCUACGCGAUUGCCGUGUUCGAAGACCGGAUCUUCUGGUCCGACUGGGCAACACACUCAAUCCAAUACUGCAACAAAUUCACCGGUAAAAACCAUACGACUCUGGUAAAAGAAAACAGAGAGUUUAUUUACGGAUUGAGCAUCUACCACAGCGCAAUGAGAUCUAGAAUGGACAAUCCUUGUUCCAUGUCUUUCUGCUCGGAUAUUUGUCUUCUCUCAGGCAAAGGGUACAAAUGUGCUUGUGGACAAAAUAGACAACUGAGCAGCGACAAACACUCUUGUAAACCUACAAAACGAACGCAGAUGCUCAUUUUGGGUGCACGCGACGUUUUGGUUUCAAUUGAACAUCAAACGUUAGGGAAGCAUGAUAUUUCUGAGCUGAUAUCGGAUGUUAAAAAUGUUGGAGCUCUUGCGUACAAUUCAAUUACUAACACCUUGUACGUUAGCGAUUUGUCAAUUAAAAAAAUUGUUGCUAUCAACUUGGUGGAUCGAGAAAAGACAGUCAUGUCCAUCGAUGGUUUAGGCAAAAUUACUUGUAUGGAUUUUGAUAAUUUGGGCAACAACUUAUACAUCUGCGACGAAGAAAGAGGAGCCGUUGAAGUAAUCAAUUUAUCUACCAUGACAUCAACUGUUAUUCUACAUGACCUCAAUGGAGAAAUUCCUGAAUCUAUAGCCCUUGUUCCAGAAGAAGGUGUGAUGUUCAUUUCCUUCAAAAGAAGUCAAUACCGAACAUCUCACAUAGAUCGAUUACUGAUGGAUGGAACUGGUAGAACUCACGCCAUCGAUUCAGGUCUCAUCGGUCCUGUAAGGCUUACAUUCGACUAUGGUUACUAUAGAGUGUUCUGGACCGACGCAGGCACAGGAAAAAUUGAGAGCACCAGUGUAGAUGGGGACGACAGACAUGGCUUCAGAUCUUUAUCUUCUUCUCCAAUUAGUAUUGCAACAACAGAUGUGGACAUCUUCUGGGUGAAUCAGUUUUCUAGAAGAGUUUAUUGGGCUGCCCGAAAUGCUACAACAACGGCAAACAAAAAGAUCACUCUAGAUAUUCCUGAUGAUGUUGAAUAUUUGCACAUCAUCUCUGCCAGUCCUAAGACAGUAGGAACAAGCAGUUGCCGUUUAAAUAAUGGCAAUUGUUCCCACAUUUGUUUGCUCUCCCACAAAUCAUAUACUUGUGCCUGCCCUGUUGGAAUGUCACUUGGCACCGAUCAUAAAACUUGCAUAACAAGAGCCCAUUGUGACUCUAAGGAAUUUAUGUGCCAUCAAUCUAACAAGUGCAUAUUGAACAGUCUUGUUUGCAAUGGUCACAACGAUUGUCCGCUUGGCGAAGAUGAAAUUGAUUGUUUGAAACCCCACCACUGUACUCUGGGACAGUUUCAGUGUAAUAACGGACAAUGCAUUAGCGAACAUCUCAGGUGCGAUUCUCAGUACGAUUGCACCGAUAGGUCAGACGAAAACAAUUGUACAGGCAUCGUUCAAAAAUGUCCACCAGACCAAUUUUCUUGCGACAACGGUAAUUGCAUUGCAAACAGAUUCAUAUGCGAUGGUGUUCAGGAUUGUUUAGAUGCAAGCGAUGAACGAAGCUGUCCUUCUGCCAGUUGCGAAGCUAAUCAGUUCAGAUGUAACUCUGGAUCUUGCAUACCAAAAUCUUGGGAAUGUGAUCACGAAUUCGACUGUGUAGACUUUUCCGACGAACAUUCUGGAUGUGCAUCACUCACUUGCGCCCCUCACAUGUUCACUUGUACGAACGGCAAAUGCAUAGACAGCAAACUAGUCUGCGACAACUCAGACAACUGCGGCGACAAUUCGGACGAAGAACUCUGCCUCCAACCGGAACUAGCCUGCGGUUUGGAUGGGUUCGCGUGCGCCUCGAACACCUCAAUAUGUUUGCCGAAUGCCGCCCGCUGCAACGGUACAUCGGAGUGUCCACAACACGAGGACGAGAAGAAUUGCAGCAAUUGCAACGUCGAUGAGUUCAGUUGCAAGAACGGAAAGUGCAUAUCCGUACAAUGGACCUGCGACAAGAUUGACGAUUGUGGCGACAAUUCAGACGAGGCCCCGGAAAUGUGUAAGGAUCAUCCAGAAUUUGCCAGUCACGCGAUACAUGUGCAUUGCGACAACGGAUUCAGAUGCAAAUCUGGAGAUUGUAUUGAUCCGAAAUUAGUGUGCAAUGGAAAACAUGAUUGUUACGACGGCUCAGACGAAAAUGGGCUUUGCUCGAAGUCCUGUACAGGCAACUUGAAUCCGUGUUCCCAGGAAUGCGUAAAAACACCGCAAGGUCCCACCUGCAAGUGCAGGGAUGGUUUUCAACUAAUGGGAGAUUCACGCACAUGCAGUGAUAUCAAUGAGUGUAAUCUAGAUCCUCCAGUUUGUAGUCAAUUGUGCCAUAACAACGACGGAGAUUACAACUGCGAUUGUUUCGAUGGAUUCAUCCUCAGGCCUGAUAAAAAAUCGUGUAAGGCAAUUGGAAGUCCAAUGUCUAUGGUAUACGCAUCUUAUAACCAACUAAGAAUGUUGAGUCAACAAUCGAACAGUCUCAACAUAAUCUACGCAGAUGAAACCCCGAAAAUUACAGGAUUGGAUCUUACUGUAGAUCAGUAUGUUUACUUCAGCAUCGAAACCGCAGGUACUAUUCACCGCAUCAACACGGUCACUAAAAAACGAGAAUACAUGGAACAUAUCGGACAGCCUCAGAAACUGGCUGUAGAUUGGGCUACAAACAAUGUGUAUUAUGUCAAUGCCGAAUCUGAAUCUAGGGCAAUUAGCGUUUGCAAUUUCGACAAGAAAAUGUGUAACACACUCAUUAACACAGACGUGCACAGACAAGUGUCUGCAAUAGCUGUGGAUUCUCUCAACAAGUACCUGUUUUAUUCUAUAACUAGUUGGUGGAUUUUCAACUCACCCAGCUUCAUUAUUUAUAAGACCAAUUUGGAUGGCACAGGAAAACAGGAAUUGGUACCGAGUACACCAGGAUUCAUUACUGGUUUGACCUACGACUUGAACAAGAAGGUCUUGUACUACGUAGAUCAGCGGAACAACCAAAUACGCAGCAUCAAUUAUGACGGCACGAAGAACACGGCAGUCUUCUCAAAUCUCACUCACCCAGUUUCGAUCAAGUUCUUCGAAAAUCAUAUUUACUACUCCAGUCAAGGAGGAUUCAUGAGUAAAUGCCAGUUAUUUGAGAAACGAACUUGCGACACCCACAAAUUGCAGAGUCAAUCUAUUGAUUUGUUCGCCUUAAAUCAGAAGUCCCUACAACCAAACGUGGAAGAUGCGUGUCGUAACAAUACAUGCACCUACUUAUGUGUACCGGGCGUAGCACGUUACAAAUGCGUGUGCAGCGAUGGUACUUUCGUUUCACCGAUGGAAAAAUGUCUGAACAAAGAGGUGGAUUCAUCUUAUCACAAAGUACAUGCGGUGCAAAUGCAAGACAAUGGUAAAAGCAAAAGUCACGCGGGAGCGAUUGUGACAGCGGUGCUGGUACCGUUGUGUUUGAUUGCUUUCGGAUUCUGUAUUUAUGUCCUUGUUAAAAGAAGAAAUAUGGACAAUUUUAAUAUCAGUAUAAGAUUUCAUAAUCCGGGUUACGGACAGGGGGACGAUUGGGACAAAGCCAUUUUGAAACCUGGUCAACAUGAGUAUGUAAACCCACAAUGUCCGGCGACAGGAAUGAAAGACCUGGAUAACGAAAUUUAAAAUUAACUUUCAUAUAUACAAAGUUUGUUUGUAAAUGAUGUGCUGUCUUUAAAUGUUUUAUGUAAAACCAUAUUUUAAUUGAACUUUUUUAUUUAGAUUUAUAUAUUUUAUUUAUUAAAUUAUUGAAGUAUGAAUAUCUGCGGUAUUUAAUAUAUGUUUUAAUUAUUA